CAGAGGAGAGGCCACAUCUGCUUCCUGUGGGCCCUCUGGUCAGAAGCAUGCAUGGCUGGCUGCUCCUGAUCUGGGUCCAGGGGCUAACACUGGCUGCCUUCCUCACUUCAGGAGCCACAAAAGGCACACUACAGACAAAGGGGAACAUUUCUGCUGAGGAAGGUAGCUCUGUCAUCUUACAGUGUCACUUCAUCUCCAGCACAGCUGAAGUAACCCAAGUCAACUGGGAGCAGCGGGACCAGAUUCUAGCUGUUUAUAGUGUUGACCGGGGAUGGCAUGUCCCUUCGGUCUUCAGUGAGCGGGUGGUCCCAGGCCCCAGCCGAGGCCUCACCUUCCGGUCGCUGACAAUGAAUGACACAGGGGAGUACUUCUGCACCUACCACACCUAUCCUGAUGGGAUUUACAAGGGGAGAAUAUUCCUGAACGUCCAAGAAAGCUCAGGGCCUCAGUUCCAGAUGGCAUCACUUGGAGGAGCCAUGGCUGCUGUGCUGGGAAUCUUCUGCUUAAUGAUAGCAGGGGUGGCUGUAAGACGUAGACAGAAGUCUUCCAGAAUCCAUUCUAUGGGAAGUGACCUUGGGAGAACGGCAGCUGAGCCACAGGAAGCGAGCCUCAGGUGUCUCUCGGCCCCUGAAAGCCCCUUCCAGACAGAAGCUGCCCCUGCUGGCCUCUGUGGAGAGGAAGACGACUAUGCUGAACCAUGUGACUACUUUAACGUCCUGAGCUACCGAAGCCUAGAGAGCUUCAGCGUCCUAGCAAAGACUGUCUGAAAACAGUUCCCUCCCUCCCUUCCCUUCUCCUCCGUGUGUGUGUGUGUGUGUGUGUGUGUGUGUGUGUGUGUCUGUCAGUCAGUCAGUCUGUCUGUCUGUCCGUCCAUCUGUCUGGGUUUAGUUAAUGAAUGAAAGACGACUGCUUUUCAAACUUCCUUUCUUCUACCCUCCUCUUACGUUUCUCUGUGACAGA